AUGGUUUUUCAUUUCUCUGCUGAUCGUUCAAAGGCUUUGGAAUCACUAGAUGGGUCUGCUUCUAAAGAAGACGUUGUAGCAUCACCUGAUGUUGAUCUAAACAAAGUUGCUUCAGUGGAAGAAGGAGAAGAAACUUCUAUUGAGACGUCUUGUGAGCUGCCACAGGUGUUGAAGUCAGACAGCCAGAGUCCUGACCUUGGUGAUUCGUCUUACGACGGAGAUGUUGUCGCCGAAGUACUGACAGAUCCUUCUGAUACUCCUCGAGGAGACAAUGGUUCGUCUUCUGAGGAUGUCAAAACGCGUCUCCAGAAGAUGGUUGAUGAUGCUCAGGGGAAAAAUGACACUCCUGGUUGUGGUCGUUCGUUCGGAGAUGGUAGUGAGCUUUUGGUAUUUCGAUCUCCGAAUGACUCAGAGGCGUUUAGAUGCCUUGUGGAUAAAAUAUCAAGCUCGGAGAGACGCUUCUGCGCUGGUGUCAAGCUAACUAAGCAGCAUGAUAUCACCAAUGAUGUUCCAGUCAAUGGAUCCAGCAAUGAUAACAGGUCUUUGGUUGUGCUUCCCAACGAGUCUGUCUCUAACUUGCAUCGUGGUAGCAUGCGAAGACGCUGUCUAGACUUUGAGGUGCCAGGGAAGCGGAAGAAGGAUAUAGCUGAUGAUCAGCAUACCGUGUGUGACGAUAAGGCGGAAUCUUCCUCGAAAUGUGUUGUUCCCGGUAUUGGUCUCCAUCUAAACGCCAUUGCAAUGGCCUCAAGGGACAGUAAUAUCACCGUCAUACAUGAGUAUAUAACAUCUGGAGAGGAUGAUGCAAGUAAAACUCCAGCUUCAGCGCGACACAAACGAGGCUGCAACUGCAAGAAAUCAAACUGUUUGAAGAAAUACUGUGAAUGCUAUCAGGGUGGAGUUGGAUGUUCCAUAAACUGUAGAUGUGAAGGAUGUAAGAAUGCAUUCGGCAAUAAAGAAGCUUCUUUACUUGCUAUCAUGGAGAGCAAACAAGAUGAGGAUCACGAGACGUAUGAGAAAAGAGCAGCGAAAGUCCAACACAACUCCGACCUGAUGUCGAAAGAAGUCGUCGAGCAGAACCCAAGUUCUGAUCAACCUUCGACACCAUUGCCACCGUACAGACAUUUGGUGGUUCAUCAGCCGUUUUUGUCUAAGAACAGACUGCCUCCGACACAGUUUUUUCUUAGCGCGGGUUCUUCCUCUUUUAGGAAACCAGACAUUGAUUCUACGCAGUCAGGGAAUGAGAAGAAGCCUCUUGAAACCGUGACAGAAGACAAAACAGAGACUAUGCCCGAGAUUCUCACCAUUACCCCUAUAACUACCAUCAAGGCCAUAUCUCCCAACAGCAAGAGAGUCUCUCCUCCUCACAUUGGCUCCUCGGAAUCAGGCUCAAUCCUAGGGAAGAGAAGUAAUGGCCGGAAGCUGAUUUUACGGUCUAUUCCAGCGUUUCCUUCUCUUAACCCAAAUCAGUGA